GGGUCGAGGAGCGCGCGGCGGCAGCGGCGGCCGGGCCUAGUCGUUGCUUUCGCUCGGGCGGCGGUGAACGCCUGGGAGCGGUCGGCGGGGAGCGAGGUUCCCGGACUGAACUCCAAUGUCCAGCAAUGGAUGACGACAGCCUGGACGAGCUUGUGGACCAAAGCCCAGGGCCGGAAGCACACCUGCCCCUCAGCGCUGCUGCCCUGGCUGGAGCGAGCGGCGAGGAUGACAGCGGGGGCUCCGAGGACUCGGGCAGCGAGCUCAGCACCAGCACCGAUGGGGAAGACGAGGAGGGGGACCUGGAAGACGGGUCUGGUUCGGAAGAUGCCGCCGCUGACGACGCCGAUGACGACGCGGGAACGGUGCCGGCAGCAGACACCCGGGGGCUGCUGGAGGCCGGUGGUGCGUGGGACUCUGAGGACGACUCUGAGAGCUGCCCGAUCUGUCUCAACACUUUCAGGGACCAGGCCGUGGGGACGCCGGAGACCUGCUCCCACUACUUCUGCCUGGACUGCAUCGUGGAGUGGUCCAAGAACGCCACUUCCUGCCCGGUGGAUCGGACUGUGUUUCACUGCAUUUGCAUUCGCGCCCGGCUCGGUGGGGAGGUCCUGAAGAAGGUCCCGGUGGAGAAUGCCCGCGCUGGAGAGGAGGAGGAGGACCCGACCUUCUGUGAGGUGUGCGGCCGCAGUGACCGGGAGGACCGCCUGCUCCUCUGUGACAGCUGUGACGCCGGGUACCACAUGGAGUGCCUGGACCCCCCGCUCCAGGAGGUGCCGGUGGACGAGUGGUUCUGUCCGGAAUGUGCCGUCCCCGGAGCCGCUGCGCCUCCCACAGACACAGACUCUGUGACCGAGGAGGAGGUCUCCCUGCUCCUGGCCGACGUGGUGCCCACCGCCAGCCGGCUGCGGCCUCGCAUGGGGCGGACCCGGGCCAUCGCCCGGACGCGGCAGAGCGAGCGAGUCCGAGCCACGGUGAACCGGAACCGCAUGUCCACGGCCCAGAGCACCCAGCACAUCCCGCGGUACCUCAUGUCCUCUCCGCUGGACGAGACCAUCGAAGCCGUUGUCUCUGGCCUGAGCACGGCCGUGUACCCACGCCCCGUGGCGCCGCUGGCCCCCGCCAAGCGCAGGAGGAAAGCAAGGCGACGGAGGAAGGUGCGGGGGAGGAAAACCCAGUCCAAACCGGCCGCGAGCGGCAGGAGCUCUGGGUCAAGGUCCAAACGACGCCAAGGCCGCGCCAAGAGGAGAAAAGGGAAGAAGAUAAAGAGCGAAGCCACGGCCCGCUGCCGUAUCGCGCGGGCGCUGGGCCUGCGGAGGCCGACCCGCGGGGCCUGCAUCCCCUCUGUGUACAAGCCUGCGGACCCCUCCCUGGGGCUGAUGCGUGCGGACAUCGGGGUCGCCCCCCUCUCUCUGUUCGGAGACCCGUCUGAGCUGGACCCUGUCGACAGUAGCAGUGAAGAGCUGGCUGCCAGCCCUGCGUCCCCGCUGAGAGCCAAGAGGAGGGUUCUGUCCCACUCGGCCCUGCGGUCGCACCAGCCCGUGGCCAGGCCUGUCUCUGCGGGGCUCUCCAGGAGGAGCCCCCCCAGUGCAGUGGCCGAGCCGGAUGCGGGCGAGGCGCCCGUCCCGGACCUGCUGGGCAGCAUCCUGUCGGGCCAGAGCCUGCUGCUGAUGGACGGCGCCGACGUCACCAUCCACCGUGACGGCUCGCUCAGCGCCAAGCGCGCAGCGCCCAUUUCUUUCCAGCGCAACUCAGUGGGUUCGUCCCAGAAGGGAGAAGGCCCGGGGCCCAGGGACGGCCCGCAGCCCCCAGCACCAAACCCGGGGAGGCCAGGACGCCUGGGAUCACGCUGCCAAGGCAGGCCCGCCCCCUCCCGCGUCCCCGUGCUCACGUCCGGGGCUGCGGUGAGACUGGACUCUUCAGCGACCCCUCGGUCAGGCCAGGCCCAGAACCUGUCGAACGCAAGCGGCCCUGGCUUGGAACGACAGGACCGCCCCCACGUGAGUGGUGGCGAUAAGCCCCCUGCGCCUCUCCGAUUCACGUCUGAGGCCUCACACGGCGGCUCUGACUUGCCAGCCAAGAGCGCGGUGCCAGGACAGGCCCCAAAACUAGCUCCUAGGAGGACGGACAUCUCCGAGCUUCCGCGGAUACCGAAGAUCAGGAGGGACGGCAGCGGGCGGGCGGGCUCAGCCCCGGCCCCGACGGGUGGGCAGCCUGUCGAGAUCCCCAGCUCCUGCAUCAGUCGGCUGACGGGCAGGGAGGGCCCUAGGCGGCCUGGCCUCGGCCCCCGGGCCGAGGGCGAACCCCGUGGCAGGGGCGCCCAGGAGCCCAGUGUGCACUCUGGGGCCGGUGCCCAGUCCCCCGCCCCGCUGGGGCCCUCAAGGGGGAAGGGUGGCAGCUCGACCUUCGAGAGCUUCCGGAUCAAUAUUCCUGGGAACACGGCGCACUCUAGCAGGCUCUCCAACCCUGGCUUCUGCCACACGUUCCGGCCUGUCGAAAACAAGGUGCAGAGGAAAGAGAACCCCUCGCCCCUCUUCUCCCUCAGGAAGACGAAGCAGCUCAAGAGCGAGAUCUACGACCCCUUCGACCCCACGGGCUCCGACUCCAGCUCCGCAGGCAGCAGCCCCGAGCGCCUGGGCUCUGGCCUCCUGCCCUCGGAGAUCACCCGCACCAUCUCCGUGGGCAGCCCCAGGACGCCGCCCUCUCAGACUGUCCGCUGUGUCACCUCCUACACGGUGGCAGCCGCCUUCGGGGGGGGGCCCGAGCCUUCCUGGGGGCCUCCCUCCAGUGGGCUCACGCUCCAGGACGAGGGGCCUGCUGGCGAGCCGGGAGAGGAGGAGGAGGCAGCGGGGUCUGCCGGGGACCCGGGCCCAGGCGCUCGGGCACAGAGGCCAUCGCCGUCCCGGCUGGAGCCCUGGGAGGACGAGGACCGCCCGCCCCGCAGCACCUUCUUCGGCUCCGAAGAGCGGACGGUGAUGUGCGUGGCCGUGGCGGAGCCUGAGGCCCCACCGACGACCACCCACAGGGUCGUGGAGCUGCGGCCUCCGUCCCGCUCCCGGUCCACGUCCAGCUCCCGAGGCAGGAAGACAGGCAAGAGAAAGCAGGCUGCCGCCCGGGAGCAGAAAAGGACCCGCUCUGGCUCCCGCUCCGGCUCCCGCUCCGGGGACAGGAGCUCCAGGUCUGCGUCACCACCAGUGGGCGAGGACCACGCCAAGAAGCACCAGCCCAAAGUCAGGGGCCGGAGGUCUUCCAGCGACCGCUCCAGCAGCCUCGAGCGAGCCAAGCGGAAGAAGGCCAAGGACAGGAGCAGGGAGAGGAAGCGGGAGUCCUGGGGCCGAGGCCGGCGGAGGUCCCGGUCCCGCUCCGGCAGCCCUGGCAGCUCCUCCCACGAGCACCGUGAGAGCCGGAGGAGGAAGAAGCGGCGGUCAGGGUCCAGGUCUCAGGGGAGGGGGUGCUCUCCCCCCAGCAGCCUGGAGAGGGCCCGGAGGCCCCACCACCCCAGGGGCAGGAGCCGCGAGCGGCCCCGAGACAGGCGGGGCUCCCGUGAGAGGAGGAAGCACAGGUCCAGGUCCCCCAGCACAGAGCACAGGUCCCGGGAGCAUCGGUGGCCUCGUUCCCGAGAGAAGCGGCCUCGGCCCCGCUCCCGCUCCCGCUCCCGCUCCCCGGAGAGGAAGGGGCCCGUGAGGGAGGCGUCCCCGGCACCCCCGGCCCAGGAGGAGCCGGCGCCAGGCAGAGAGCAGCUGGCCAGACCGCCAGGUGCGGAGGCCUGGCCGGAGGGGGCUGAGGCCGACCAGGCCCCCUCGCAGGCCCCCCCUGUCCCAGAGGUGCCGUCCGAGUGUCCGCCCGAGGACCUGGAUUACGGUGACUCUGUCGAGGCGGGGCACCUCUUUGAAGACUUUUCGAGCGAAGGCGUCCUCACACAGCUGGAUGACAUGAGCUCCCCGCCUUCCCCGGAGAGCACAGACUCCUCGCCAGAGCGGGGCUUCCCGCCCCUCCCGGCCGGGCCCCCCGCCCGCCAGCAGCCGGAUGCUGGCUUGGCCGGGCCCCAGCUCAAGAGGGAGGUGCUGCCGGUCCCCAGGGAGGAUUCUGUGCAGCCCGCACCCUGGGUGGAGGCUCCCCAAGAGAAGGUCCCGUCCCAGCAGGACCAGGCCAAGGCCUUCGUGCCGGGCGCCCUGGGAGGCCAGGCCGCGGGCGGGGCGCCUGCAGGGCAGGAAGAAGUCCCCUGUCAGGCGGCCGUGCUGCGGGCGAAAGCGCCGGUGAAGAGAGUCACCUGGAACCUGCAGGGGGCGGCAGGGGGUGCCCUGGCUGCGGACAGAGGCCUGCGGACGCCGCUCCCCAGGACCCCGCAGCCCCGGGAAGAGGCCUGGGGACCCGAAGAUGGGGGCCCUGCCGUGGACACCCCGCAGGCACCCUGCCCGGAGCCCCUUCCUCCUGGUUGCAGGCUCCCAGAGCCUGGCUUCCCCAACGCUGACCUCACUCAGGUUUACAGCCCCAACCUGCCUCCCGCCCUGGCUCUGCCCGCGAGUGCCCUGCCCUAUGCAGCGGCCAGCCAGCCCCCGGUCCAGCUCAGCCUGCAGGGCAGCCUUCCCCUGGCUGGCUGUGGGGUGGCCCCAAGCCCGGCCCCAGUGCCCGUGCCCGCCGGCCUGACCGCAGCCUCAGAGCCGGCUGGCCACGCCGUCGCUGCCACCAACAACUCAGAGGAGAAGUCGGCUGCUCCCCGGCCAGCCGCAGAGAAGGCCAAGAACGAGGAGUACAUGAAGAAGCUGCACAUGCAGGAGCGGGCAGUGGAAGAGGUGAAGCUGGCCAUCAAGCCCUUCUACCAGAAGAGGGAGGUGACGAAGGAUGAGUACAAGGACAUCCUCCGGAAGGCCGUGCAGAAGAUCUGCCACAGCAAGAGCGGGGAGAUCAACCCUGUGAAGGUGGGCAACCUGGUGAAGGCGUACGUGGACAAGUACCGGCACAUGCGCCGGCACCGGCGGCCAGAGGCCGGAGAGGAGCCUACAGCCCAGGGCGCCGAGGGCUGAGGCCGGCCCGGCAGUGCUGCGGGGCGUGGCGGCGGCAACAGACGGGGCCGCCCAGCGGUGUUUCAGGGCUCCUGUGAUCACGCGUGGUCUGUGUGUCUGUCCUGCUCAGCUUCAAUUGGACUUUUUUAUAUGUACAUUAUAGAUACACUGUUUCAUUGUGUUCUAAUUUAUC